CAUGCACGCUCACCGCUACUGCUCCACGAUCUCGUGUCUUCCUGCAUCGAUGCAUGCACGCAUGUCCUGUUAAUCCGAUAAAGCCCCUCUGUUGAGUUCUGAUUCCUUUCUGAAUCACCGGGGAGGACCUGUUCAUCAGUGCAUUGCGAGGAGGUUGGAACACCUGCGCAAGAAGAAAAGAUGCAGGAUGCGUCGUCUCCUCUCCCGGCGCUGAGCAACGGCUACCAGCCUCUCCCGUCGCUCUACCUGGGGUUCUUGGCCAUAUGGGCGGCCUCCGGCUUCUCAUGGGCCUUCAGCUCCUGGAGAAACCGGCAUUUCCAGGCGAAUAACCUUCAGUGGAUCCUGGCUCUGGUCCCAUUGAUCAAAGCUCUCCAAAUGGCACUCUCGUUUCUGUUCUGGUACUCGUGCGUACACCUUCAGACAUGCUCGCUGUGGAUGUCGUUCGGCGCGUACGUGACGGGGAUCCUCUUCCAGACGGCCUCCUUCGUCUCGUUCAUGCUCAUCUCACACGGUUACUGCAUCAUGUGCGAGCGCCUGUCGAUCCGGGAGAGGCGAACGACGGCCGUUCUGGGGUGUCUGCUGUACCUGAGCCUCAUCGGCUACAAGGCUGCGGUCCCUUAUUUCACAGUCUUUCUUCUGAUAAACUAUUUCGCGUCAUUUUACAUCAUAUUCCGGCGCACAUCCCAGAAUCUGAUAGUCCUACAGGAGCAGCUCAGCUUCAUAGAGGAAGAAGGCAUCCAUUCAUUGCACGUGACACUGAACACAAAGUACACAAUGUUCAAGAGAUUUCAGGGCACUAUGCAGGUAGCCGCAGUGGCAUUCAUCAUGGUGUACAUGAGGGCUGAUGAUACACCGGAUAACUACUGGUUUCGCGUGUUGGUGCGUGAAUGGGUGCAGUUCUGCAUCUUCAUGUACAUUGGGUGGAACUUCAGAAUCCCUGAAGCAUCGCUUCAUCUGCCGGUAAUACCCCUUAUGAAAUCAGCCUGGGAGAUCGCCAUGCCUCCUAUUUACAGUGUGGAAAUGGACGCAGCAGAUUUCAAAGGCCUCGUCUCGGACCAGUGGCAUGUCGGAGUGCGGACUGGUUCAGGUUGCUCUGCGCAACCAUUGCUGGUGCUGGUUCAGAAUCCUAGCCGGACGGUUUCUCCUGCCGGUGGAUCUUCGAAGUUUCAGCUGGACAAGGACAACCAGGUGUAGUUCUGAAACCGAGAUUCAGAAGAUCACAUCGACCAACUGGCUCAUUACAAAGUUGACGCAAAACAGUUGAGUUGGACAGAGAAAUACUUGCUAGUAUUUCCUAGGAAAGAGUCGACGAUUUCCAUGGACUGACAAUCAGAGAUUCACUUCUUCGACAAUGAACCACCUCUUUCCAUCUCAGAGUUCUGUUUUUUUUUAAAUCCCGAAUGACAGGAAAAUGUACAUAUAUAGAAAAGGAGAGCAUAUGGAUUAUACUGGAUCAACAGCAAUCUCAUCUGCCAGACAGCGCUGAAUGAAGUCUAGUUUGUCAAUGCAAAACUAGAGACUGAAAAUUGUGUUGUGUGAAUGAAUGAAGGUUGUAUUCCUGCGACAAUGCAAAAAUCAGUUCAGAACCGCGGACGCUCUAUUUUUAUGUUCAUGGACUUGUCAUGUUAUAA